ACUGUCGAAGGAGCGGCUGGGAGAUGGGAUGGCGAAGGCUUUGUGUCGAGCGACGUUCCCAUAGGAAAGGACGAUGAGGGGCCUCUUCUAAGCGCGAUCAAAUACACCGGCGAGGAGGUGGCCUGACUCCCUGCCUGCCCGCCCUGGAAGGUUAUAACGGCCUUGCAGCACCUUUGUGGAAACAGCUUCCGUUUGUCGGAUGGUUUUAAAAAAAACAAAAACACGGCUCCAGGGCUCUCUGGAAUUCGCAUUUUUAAAUGACCUCAUGCUCAACAUUCUUGGAGGAUACGGCAGAGUGAGUGUGAUCAACACAAUGUUGGUGACGUGUGCUGUCUGCUGCUACCUCUUGACACCGAUUGGGGGUGGAGUGGAUAAGCAAACAGUGGCUGUCGGAAUUCAUGAAAGUGACAGCAGCAUGAUGCAGAGUACAGAGCCAGAUAGGCAAGGCCAACUUAACAAUGGAAGCUCCAUGGUUCUUCCUCUGCACAGCUGCUUUUCAAUCAAAAGCAGUGCAUUUUCUGCUUCACCUCUUCAUUUGAAUGUUUCAGCUCAGUUUCUGUCCAGGUAUGUUAAAGGUUAAUACAAAAUGCUAGUCUUCUUUUCAAGAUAGAUUUAGAAUGCAAUUAUGACAAAUUACCUGACCUUCUCCCCUAAAUAAUUCAGUGUGGCUACUGUAUUUCAUAAUGAAUCCUUUGCUUUUCCCCAAUCUAAAUAAUCUUACUAUUUUGCUGCAGGUGGGAAGUGUGAUGUCCAAAAUCAGUGGGUAGUUGUGAAUGGCAGUGCUUUGGGCAGUGCUUUGGGCAGCACUGAGAUGAUAGUACUGUAUGUUGUAUUCUGAAUAUGAUUUUCUUGCUUCUGUUGUGAAAGUUGUUUCACUACAUAUCCUUUGUAUGUACUGGUAGGAGAAACUUUCAGUGGCAGUCUUGGCAAAAUACACAGCUUUGUGCUUGUCCUCUUGUUCUUCGGAUCUUGGGGCCCCAGCCCUUUAUAGAAGUAGCAAAGUCCAAACAUGGGUGCUAAUCAUUAAAGCUGUCUUGUAAUUUCUGUAUUUAAUAAUUUUCUGGAAAGAUCACUUUUGUAACUGGCAUGGCAUUUACUUUGUACUUGGCAGUGCAGCUCUGGGCAGAUGAAUUCUGUAUUCAUACUGCACUAAUAACUUGUUUGCUUUCAUCACAGUGGCCCAAAGUCUAGGAAGAAUGGUGAAAGUUCUGGGGGCUUGCUGAUGUGAGGAGUAUGUCAUACAUACUUAAGCAAACUUUCUCUCCUAACAUUUGUUCUCUUCUGAUGCUUAUUCAGAAAACUGAUUCUGGGUCAUCUCAGGAGUGAUAGCGAUUGGUGCUUUUCCUAUAUUAGAACUGGAAUGGGGAACCUGUAGCCCUCCAGAUGUUGUUGGACUUACUCCCAUCAUCCCUGACCAUUUUCCAUGCUGACUGGGGCACAUAGGCGAUGGAGUCCAAAAACACAUGGAGAGCCGUAUGUUAACAGCCCUGUACUGGGGUAAUGGUGAGAAUGCAACUGGAAAACAUUGUGGUGAUCUUACCUGAAAUGUGCAGGAGUCAAGACUACCAUGGCCUGCACAAAACCACUCUUUUGCUGCACAAAACCACUCUUUUUGGUGUAGGCAUGAGUGACUAAACUAGGACUUCAGUAUGUAGUAACGUGCAUAAUGGGGUGUCUUAACCUCCACUUUGAAUAGAAGCAGUGGCUAAGGUUUGUGAGAGCUCCAUAGUUAAUCUGGGAACAGGAUAGUCUGCUUCUGGGUAACCGAGCAGGCUGCAUAUAAUGAUGAUCUUACAAUACAGUAG